AUGGAGCCCGCGGCGGCCGGGCGCGCGGAGAAGACCUUCAGCUACGUGGUCAGGGCCCCCGGCGGGGACGGCGGGGACGUAGUGAACGUGGACGUGAAGAUCGACACGGCCUGGGUCUUCCGGGAUGCGGAGGACAGCGCCGAGGAGGACAGCGGCGCUGAGGACAGCGGCGAGGAGCAGGGACGCCUCCCGGGAGGAGCGGCCCCCGGGAGCCCCGACGUGGACACGGACGCGGGGACGCUCCAGAGGCAGCUGGAGGCCUCGGAGCAGAAGCUGCUGGCGGCAGUGGACAAGUACGUGAGGUCGGAGUCGGGGCUCAGGAGCAGAAUCCAGGAGCUGGAGCGGUCGGAGCGGAGGCUCCUGCGGAAGGUGGACCAGCUGAGCGCCCGCGUGUGCCAGGAGAGGAGCGCCUCCCUGCGGGCCCAGGAGCAGCUGCAGGCGCUGCAGGGCGAGCUCGCCUGCCAGGUGCUGGAGCAGGAGCGCGCGGCGCGGCGGCAGCGGCGGCUGCGGGAGCGGCUGCGGGAGCGGCUGCGGGAGGCGGACGAGGCGCUGGGGCGCUGCCGGCGGGCGCAGCGGCGCGAGCUGGGCCUGGCGCGCGAGCAGGAGCGGGCGCUGCGGGCGCAGGUGCAGCGGCUGCAGCGGGACGUGCGGCGCCUGUGCCGCGCCGCGGGCCUCCUGCUGGCCGAGCUGGACGCGCCGGCCCCGGGCAGCGCCCCGGCCCCGGGCAGCACCCCGCCCCCGGGCAGCGCCCCGCCCCCGGGCAGCGCCCCGCCCUCGGGCCCCGCCGGCCCCCAGCGCGGCCCCGAGGACCCGGAGGACCCGGAGGACCCCGAUGACCCCGAGGACGCCGCGGAGCUGCGCGCCCUGCGGGCCAGGGCGGAGCGCGGCGAGCGGGAGCGGGACGAGGCGGCGAGCCGGCUGCGGGCGCAGCUGGAGGACCUGCGCUGCUGCCUGUACGGCCUGCGGCUGUCGGAGAUCGGCCUGCAGAGCCAGGUGGACCACCUCGCCGAGCAGCACCGGCGCCUGCGCGAGGAGCUGGCGGCCCAGGCCCCGGGCGAGCGCGUGCGCAGCGCGCCCCCUGCUGGCCACGGGAGCCUGGACGCCUGGGGCGGUGCCCGGGACGAGUGGCUGCUCCUGCCCUGUGAGGAGGCGCCGGAGGCCCGCGGACGCCCAGGUGGGCAGACACCGCCCCACCCCGACGGGGCCCCGGGACCGUGUGCCUCCGCAGGCCAGCUGGCCGAGGCGCCCUGCGGCCUGGGUUGUGUCGAGGCUGGGCGAGGCCCCUCGGAGCUGGUGCCCGGCCUGGAGACUGCAGCCUGGCUCCUGGCAGAGCUGGUGGCUCCUGACCACGGACGGCCCGCUCCGGCUGAGCCCGCCCUGCACGAACAGACACUCCUCCUGCUCUGUGGCUGCUCCUCGGGGCAGAAUGCCGACGCCUCCCCUCUCCCCACGGAGCUGGCCUGGGUCUCCGCGCAGAGGCCAGCGGCCGCCGCGGCCCAGGAGUCCCUCCUACUGCAGACGGCCGUGCUCCCGCCCUGGGGGCCCGCCGGGGGCCCCGCCGCCCUGCUGCUCCAGGCCGUGUUCACAGAGGCCCAGACCCAGCAGGGGCUGGACGCGGGGCCCCUGCCUGCGCCCCGAGCCGUGGGACAGUCUUGCUGGAACCACCCCCUGGCAAGGAGCCACGGGGAUGGGAUCCCAACAGGGGAUCGGAGCGGCCCGAGGGAGGAGGAGGCAGGGGGAGCCGCGGAGUGGAGAGCGGCGGAGGCGUGGGCGGCGGGCAGCACGUGGGGCGGGAAGGAGGACGACCUGGGGGACAGGUGCCAGCGGCGUCAUGAGGGCCAGGAGGACCCCAGCGUGGAGGACAGGGAGGACGGGGAGGACGGUGCUGGCGCCCUGGGAGGCCUGCAGAACACACGGAGGGCUUCCGGGCCCCCGGCCGCCUCCUGCCCUCCGCCCGGGUGGGAGCUCCCCGCUCCUCUGCCUCAGGAGGAGGCCGCCACGGCCACCCAGGGCCUCUCGUCCCUGGGCAGCAGGUGGCGGGCAGAAGGGCACAUGUGGGGCCUCCUGGGAGGGUUUCCAUUGGAGGAGGAGGAGGAGGAGGAGGAGGAGGAAGAGGAGGAGGAGGAGGAGGAAAAGACCUCCGCAGCCCCCUCCUCCAGGGCUCACAGUGCCAAAGGGCCGUCUCCACCCGGCGCUCAGCUCCCCUCGGGGGACGGGGCCCCCAGGAGCCCCCAGGGCCACGAGGACAGCCCCCCGUGGGCUGUGACUGCGCUCCUGCUGCUGGAAGAAGGCCCUGGGGAUGGGGGACCCGGCCAGGAGGAGGAGCUGCUGUGUCUGGAAGGACCCAGCGCGGGCGCCGCCGAGGAAAGGGAGGCGGAGGGAACCCUCUUCCUACCGGGAGAGGGCAGAUUGCUGCCGCCGCCUCCUGCGUGGGCCUCCUCCCCGGAGGGCGCCCCACCCGCCAGGCCCCCCAGGCCCCCCACGCCCCCGAGGCCCCCACGCGGACAGGCCGGGCCUGUGCUCACCAUAGACGCCUUCGCCGAGGAGAUGGAGGCCUGCUUCCAGCAGCUGUGGGCGCUGAGGCGGGGGUGCCAGGCGGCCCCCGGGGCCGGGGAGGACACGGGCUCUGCCGGGAGACGGGGCGGGGGCCCGGAGCCUGCCGAGGGUUUGGACACGUGUCCCGUGGAGGAAGCAGGCCCCUCGGAGGGUCGUGAAGACGUGAGGCCAGGAGAGGCCGAGGCCCCGGGCCCCGGGCUCGCUUUCCCAGGGGCGGGCCUCGGUUCCGGGGACCCGCGCCCCGGCCCAGGGGGGCCCUCGGAGCUGGGCCCGAGCCCCCGCCCGCCCCCCAGAGCCCUGGAGCGCGCCAGGAGGCGGUUCCGCCAGCUGGUGUCAGGGCUGAAGGAGGAGAGGCGCCGCGUCCUGCAGGACAACGCCCGGCUGCGGCGGGACGGGGAGCGCGGCCGCGGGACGAUCCGGGCGCUGCGGGCGCAGAGCGAGCGGCAGGCAGGCAGGGCCCGGGCGCUGGAGCGGGACCUGGGGGCGCUGCGGGGCGAGCUGUCCCGCCUGCGCGGGGAGCAGGCCCAGUACCUGCAGCUCCUCGCCGACCUGGAGGACUGCAACGCCCGGAGCUACAGCCGCCUCUCCGAGCUGGAGGAGGAGAACGAGGGCCUGCGGCGGGGCCUGGGCCGGCUGCAGGCCGCCGUGGCCGCGGGCGCCGGGCACGGCCGGGGCCUCGCCGGGGACGCCGCCCGGGAGAACCGGGAGCUCAAGGCGCUGAUCUCAGAGCUGGGGCUGGGCUACAGGGAGCUGGUCAGGGACGUGGUGCUGGGGAUCCAGGACAUGGUCCGGGCCCUUCGCGGGGAGAACGCCCACCUGCUGCACCGGGUCCGGGCCCUGGAGAGGGGGGGCGCCCUGCGGGGGAGCGCGGGCGCGGGGCACCCGGGGGGAGCAGAGCAGUGCCCCCGGGGGAGAAGCCAGGUGGGCGCCGUGGACCAGGUGGGGACGGUGGACCAAGUGGGCGCCGUGGGCCAGGUGGGGACGGUGGACCAGGUGGGGACGGUGGACCAGGUGGGCGCCGUGGGCCAGGUGGGUGCCGUGGGCCAGGUGGGGACGGUGGACCAGGUGGGCGCCGUGGGCCAGGUGGGCGCUGUGGGCCAGGUGGGCGCCGUGGGCCAGGUGGGCGCCAUGGGCCAGGUGGGCGCCAUGGGCCAGGUGGGCGCCGUGGGCCAGGUGGGCGCUGUGGGCCAGGUGGGCGCUGUGGACAAGGCAGUGCAGGCCGGUCCGCCCUCAGAGCCGCUGACAGCGGGAGCCCCUGGGCCGCCCUGGGAGGAGGACACAGAUCAGCCCGGAGAAAGGAGGAUGGGCCCUUCCUCGGGCACAGAGCGUCCCGGGCGCGGAGCCGAGGCGGCCACUCCCUCGCUGGCCGGGAGGGCGGGGGUGCCCGGAGCCCUGCCAGGAGACGUCCGCGGGAUGGGAGCGCAGGAGGCCCAGGCGGGGAGAGAGGAGACUGGACCGCGGCGUUCUGCAGGCCCGGGGCCCGCGCUGGCGCCCCCGGGUGGUGGCCACCAGCCCCCGGACGCUGAGGCCGAGACCCCCGAGGAGGCCCUCUGGCUGCGUGUCCGGCGGCUCCACCACCAGGUGCUCACCCUGCAGUGCCAGCUCCGGGACCAGGCGUCUGCGGGCCGGCAGCUGCAGGCGGCCCGGGACCAGGCCCUCCGACACCGGGACCAGCUCCAGGGCCAGGUGGACGAACUUCAGAGACAGCAGCACGAGGCCACCUUGGCCGUGACCCCUCUGAAGGCCAAGCUGGCCUCCCUGGUCCAGAAGUGCCGGGACCGGAACCGGCUGCUCACACACCUGCUGGGGGAGCUGAGCCGCCACGGACCAGCCGACCGCCUGCUCUGCCAGACGGUGCGCAGCCUGGUGGACGACGUGGCGCUGGCCGAGUACACGGCCGCCUUCCUGCCGCCCGGGGCCCCAGAGACCAGCCGCCACCCUGCCGUGGAGCCGGAGAUGCCAGCAGCUGCGACAGCUCAGAGCGCUCUCCUGAGUCCUGGCGUGGACAGCGCCCUCCCAGGACCGUGGUGUCCCGAGCCCUGGCCGGUGACGGAGGCGGAGUGGCCAGCACAGACAGCACGACUGGAUCUUCCGGAGCCUCCCCUGCCUCCGGGGCCGGCGCCUGAUCCUGGACCUCGCCCGGCCGUGGCCACGGAGGCGUCGGGACUCCCUGCGCAGCGUCUGCUGGACAGAGGCGGCGUGUCCUGCCCGGGCCCCCAGGCCGCCGGCCCCCCGCCCUCCGAGCUGCGGAGCCCCGCCAGGAUCCUGGCCUUCCACCAGGAGCUCAGCCGGAGCGUCCGCGGCGGCAGCCGCCGGGUCACUGAGUCCCCGCUGGAGCUGUGA